AUGCAGAAUGUUUCUUUCAAAGAUUCAAAAAGUUCAUUGACUAUCUCUUCUAAUGUUAGUCAUGAGAAACCAAAAGACAAAGUUGUAUACACUAACAAUUUAAAUGCAUUAGAUGUUGGAGUUUCUUUAAAUACAAAAGAUGUUAAAGAAAAUACUACAGAUUCAAUAAUUAAUUUAUCGAAUAAAAGUACAACUACAGGAGAAACUUCUUUAAAUUCAAUAAAAGCACGACUAGGUUAUGAUAGUGAAACAUCAGAAUCUGAAACAGAUGAUAAUAAUGUAGAUAUUGUAGAAGAAAGUCCUAAUGGAAGGUGGGUAAAAAGGACUGAGAAAGUUAAUCAAAGAGAUAUACCAGGAAAUGAAGUCGUUUGGAAUGAAGUAUUGUUCUCUGGUUGUAAAAAUUUUAAACAAAAACAACAUAUUAUUCGUCAAAUAUUUGAUAAUCUUGCACAACUUAGGCAUGCAAAUUUAGUACGGUUUCAUGAUCAUUGGACGGAUGGAACUGAAGAAAAGCCUAGAAUUGUUUUUAUUACGGAGUAUAUGUCUUCUGGUUGUAUGGCGCGCUUUCUACAUAGAACUCGGGUAUUGAAUAAUAGUGGAUUAUCGAUAAAAUCUUGGAAAGCAUGGUGUACUCAAAUAUUAUCUGCUCUAAAUUAUCUUCAUUCAUGCCUUCCUUCUGUAGUUCAUGGGAACUUAAAUAUAAAUACAAUAUUUUUUCAACAAAAUGGUAAAAUUAAAAUAGGUGGUGUUACUCCUCAUGAUGUAAAAUUAAUGCUUAAUUCUCUUCAGAAUAAUGUAAAAUAUCUUCAUUAUUUAUCUCCUGAAUACCAUCAAAAUAAAGAAUCAACUAUAGAAUCAGAUAUAUAUUCUUUUGGUAUUUGUGCUCUAGAAAUGGCUAUUCAUAAAGGACUUAUAGAUUUUGCUCGUUCACUGAAUCCUGAUAUUUCUACUCCAGUCAUAGAUCAAGAGGUGAUACAAAAAGCUCUUGAUCAACUGGAAGACGAACAACAAAAAGAUUUUAUAAAAAGUUGUCUGAAAGAAAACCCAAAGGAAAGAGAAUCAGUUAGGAAACUUCUUUUUCAUCCUAUAUUAUUUAAAAUACAUCAAUUAAAAUUAUUGGCGGCGCAUAAAAUUGUAAAAUUACAUUUAAAUGAAGAUUUACCAUCAGAGUAUUUUCAAAUUGUGGAUCCUGAUAGGAUAGCAGCGACUUCAAAAUUUCGGGAAAUGUCAUAUGGUGAUGUAGCAGCAUGUCAACAAGAUUUAGAAAAAUUUAUAAAAGAUGUGAAAAAUGAUGUAUAUCCGAUGACUACAUUUCCUACAUUUGAACAACCAACAAAAUUAAAAAAAAUUGUUUUUGAACUUGAUUGUUUUCCUGAAAAUAAUUAUAAUUCAGAAGACAAUGAUGAUACUAGGUCUACAGAAGGAUUAAAUAUUAGUUCACCUAGGCCUAGUUCUUCAAAAACAUCAAAUUCUCCUAGUGCUAGGGAUGUAGUCAGUCCUGAAAGUAUUCAUUCCAAAGGUUUAGAUAGUUGUGGCUCUAGACCAAUGUCUCCCGACAGUCAAAUUUCUCCAUGUAAUACUGUUAAAAGUGGGCUAGUUUCAGAUAUUUCUGCUGUUUCAAAAUCAAAAUUUAGUAUUGAACGUUUUUCAACAGAACCUUCUCCUCCACCUACAAUGCAUAAAGCUGCUUCUCAACCUCCAGAGAUUAUUGAUAAUAGUAGUACUGAUGUAAUGCCUGGAGUUAACAAUAUUCACUUUGAAUUAGGUGAGAAGGUUAUUGAUUUUAGUAAUUCUACUGAUUCAUUGAAUUCGACAUUACGAUCUCCUGAAAAAGAAAGUGAUGUCAAAAAUAACGAAGUAAAUGCUAAUUUUGAUAGAGGUGUAGAAAUUACCUCAAAAGAUACAUCAUCACUUUCAUCAGAAACAAAAAAGAAUUUAAAUGUUUCAAAAGUUUUAGAUAAUGUUAAUCCUUCAACUGAAUCUCAAAAUGUAAAAGUUAAUACUAUUCUAUUACCUGAAAUGAAACCUUCAGAAAGUGAACCAAAGAAGAAACAAUUUGUUGUUAUAAAGGUUUCAACUAAAACGGAUAAUGCAGUAACUGAUGAUAGUAGAUUAGCAGUCGGCGGUGAUAAAUUUAAUAAUAAAGAUAAUGUUGAAAUAUCAAAAAAGAAAAUAUUUGAUAUUUCUCGUGUUAAAGAAGAAAAUUCUAUUUUAGAAAAUAAUAGUAGUAGUUGUAAUCAAAUUAUUCAAGGUGAAACUUUCAUUAACAAUAUGAAUGAUGAAAAAAAUUUAUCACUUAAUAAUGAAUCGUCAAAUUCGGUUACUAAAAGUAGAUUUACAUUAAUAAAAGGUAGUGACUUUCCAAGUUUGGAUUUUGACCAAGGUAUAUUAGAAAAUAGUGAUUUAUCAUGUCAAGAAGAAAUUAAUGAAAUUAGAGAAAAUUUAUUAAAAUUGCAACAAAUGAAUGAUAGAGAUUCUGAAGAUGAUGAUGAUUUGAAAACAUUAGAGUUUUCUGGGAAAGGUAUAUCAAGGAAUAUAGAUGAACAAAAUGUAGGAGAGACGAAUAUUAGUAGUAAAAGGAUGAGUUUUGAAGAAAAUAAAGAUCAUCGAUCAAAAAUAUUACAUGGAGAAAAUUCAACAAGAUCAGUAAUAAAUGUUGAUAAUUCUCAAUCUCUUGAUAUAACAGAUUCUGAAGGUGACUCAAGAUCAUCCUCUCCAACACAUAAAGUCAUUGAUGAUAGCUUAAUUAUUAAAAAAGUUAAUGUGAGUAUUGAUGGGACAGCUGUGUUUAUUAGCAUUCGUUUAUCAAACAAUAUGGUUAGAAAUUUAAAAACAAGUAUUACGAAUGAAGAUAAUUCAAAUUCGUUAAUUUCAAGUUUAGUCGAAGAAGGAUUUAUUAGAAAGUGUGAUGCAGCACAAUUUAUGAUGAUCUUUUCAUUAUUACUAGAAGAUUUUGAUUUGGAAGGUAAAAGAUCAAUAUCAUGGUUAAAUGAUAUGGAAUCUGGAGGUAAAAUAACAUUAAAUUCAGUUUGA